AGAAUAAGUCAAGAAUCUGGAAUUAAUGAAUCAGUGCAGAGAGUGAAAAUUAAAAUUUAAUGAAAAAUCAAGAAAGAAAUAAAAGAAAAUUCAAGAGCCUGGAAUAAACAAAAAAUUAGUCACAGGUAAAUAGAAAUAUAAACAAAAAAAUAAAUGAAAUAGAAUAGAAAAUCGAGAAAAAAAUAACUUAAAGACCCUCCUCUCCUUCUCGAUGAUUUCAAUAUCUGACGCUCAAACUUCGAAUAGGUACCUACCUAUAUCUUCCUUUUCUUCUUACAAUCCACUCGAUUUCUUCAGUACUUUGGCAACAUUGUUUCUAGUUCUCUCAACCGCGAAGCAGGUUUUCCGUUCGUUUUACGUAAAUCCAAUUUUAUUAUACACUCAUGUAGAUUAUUAAACCUUUGCUGGCCUUAUACACUUCGUUAUAUAUCGUUGCCAUGGUUGUAUUGUAUACAAAUAGAUAAGACGUCAACGUGUGUACGAUUAGAAUUUGUUUUUUAAAUUAAUUACAAGUGCUUAUUAGUUUUGCGUGGUCCUUCGAGCCGGAUCAAGUGCGACGUUUCGGUUUGAAAAAAACAGAGACAUCAUCAGGAUAUUGGAUUAAAAAAGUGUUUGUAAUUCCACAAGAAAAAUGCGAACCUUUAAACUUUGAAAUAAAUAGUGUUUGGAUCAAACUUCAACUACAAUGAACGAAGUCCGGAUUCAAGACUGGCCAUCAACAGAUUUAAAUUCAGCCGUUAGCAAUUCCUGGAUGCCCGCCUACGGUUUCCAGACGCCCGCUUUGAUGCUGGAAAAGGAAGAUUUUGUUGGAAAUCCUGAUGCAGAAUAUUUUUUGCACGGUACCACCGGUCAGUACAUGUACCUGGAAACCAUACAAGAAGAAACGUCGGACGAUUUGAGAUCCGAAAGCGACCUGGAUUCGAGAGAUUCGCCUCUGGGCUGGCUGGCCACCGAUUCUGAAGGUGGCAGCGUCAUCUGCAUAGAUUUAAUUGACGAUGUAGACUCGGAUCGCGAAAUCGCUUGUCCGCCAAAACGUAGAAAACAAGAAUUCUUGUGUCUGGAAGACGAAGACGAAAUUUCGCUGAGCCGAUCCAGCAGCCUUUUGCAAUUUGAAACUUUGGAGAAACAGUGCCAGCAAGAAACCCACUCGCCCAGUAUAUUUUCCUUUGACUCUUUGGAAGUUGCAAAAGUGCACCAUUUCAGCUCCGAGUACGAUGGAGAAGUUUUCAGAAACUUUGAAGACGAAAUAAACACCAGGUCUAAAAAAAGUUCGAGCAGAGAUUCUUUGCUCUAUAAUGCCUCUACAAGAUAUAGCUCAAGCUCGGACUCGAGCGAUUCCGAUACAACGGUGGAGAAUUCCAGAUCUUGCGACAAUCUCAAAACUUGGAGAAGCUUCGACAGCCUGUUGCUCAGCCCAAAUACUUCAACCAGGAAGUUUUCCAGUGAGAAUUUGAGCGAGGAUAGCGGCUACGGUGAUCAGUUGUUGCUUCACAACUAUGUGAAGUGCGGAAGUACGUUUUUUAGUACUUUAAGUAGCAGUACUGGACAGUUGGAAGGAGUGAAAAGAAUGGCUAAGAAUGCAGGGGAAAAAAGUGAUAGAAAGAACAGUUACGUGGGAUUUGGUGCUUAUGAUUGUGAUGUGUUUCAGAAUUUCAACGGUAACUUCGGAGUGUCCUACCACGACCUCUCAAACGUGGACCAGUUCUACGAGCCCUUAAGCAAAUCGUCCCCUCUAACCGACAUGUUUCUACGAAAAAAGCGCCAUCUACUUAACGCGAAUUCCACAACCACGGCCGCCAUCAACCCGAUUAUAAAUAUAGAUACCGAGAAUAAGUUAUCUAAAAUUAGCGCGGUUAAUGUCGUCUCGCAUGCCGCAAGUGUGCCCAAUCUGCUCCAUCAGGAAAGAUUCUCAGUUGACAUUCAAGAUUCAUCAGUAAACGUUUCUAGUGUGCCAAAAGAUUUGAAUUUCGUCGGCGAUUUUAAUCGUCAUCCCUCAUCUGCCGCGUCUGUAGCUGAGAAAAACUGGAAUUUAGCCGAUCUGAGUUUGAAUUUGAACGAUACCUGUGAAGAGGAGUGUAGGUUUAAGCCCGAGCUUGAAACUACCCAAGAAGAAUUUGAAUUUGAGGAUGAUAUUUUGAUUGUACCCGAAACAAUGGCUUAUUACAAACGUGAAGGUUCUUAUAGUGAAGCUAUGUCCAAUAGAGUGGACCUUAGUGAUGACGAAAACUCUUUGAGAAACAAACAUAAACUAAAACUGCCUAAAACUGCUAUAGUUGACUUUGAUAAGCGAGUGCUUAAAGCCAUUUCGGAACAGUCGUUGCAAAGCCUAAUAAGCAGUACUUUGAGUUUGCACGGUUCUCAAAAACACUUGGAUCAACAGCCGAUUUUUGAAACUCGUUACCAAAAUAAAUCGGCGGCAACGAGUACACCCAACUUGAACCGGAUCGAACUGGAACUUGAACGUCGGCAGAAAAAUACUUAUUUCGAUGACGACAGGAGGAAAAGUACUCACGAAAUUAAUUCCAGCAAAUACGACACUGCGAAAAUCGAAGAAGAACGAAACAAAAAUAUUUUGUUGGAUAACAGUACCGGCGACGAGUGCGAAGUGGAGUUUAGGAGGAAAGGGUCGAUUAUUAAAAGCAGUACCAGUACUUCUGGAAUGAGCGAUAUUGAUGAUAGGACUUUGAGGAAUUCUGUUAAGAGUUUUUCGGGUAGCAAUGGAAGUAAAGGUGUUCAUUUUUCUCCGGUCGUAGCCGAAGUAAAUUGGCGCGAUGAUGCCAGCACUUCAACGGUAACUCCGGACAGAGAGUCUUUGUACUCCCUGAGAAGUUCUUCGCCAGAACUUGCAAGACACUCGCCUGUGCUUAUCAAGCCGACACCUCAGUACGCCGGUAGUUCGAACUCGCGCAGAAGCGUUUCGCAUCCGGAUUUGAGCGACACCGAUUCCAAGUGUUACAAAAAGGAGUUUUUGGAAUCUUUGAAGAGUUUAAGGCACACUGAUAAUAAUAUGAGUAAAAGUCAGCCAGAUGUCAGCAAAUUGAAGAGGAAAGGCUCUCAAUUAAUCAAGACAGACAGAGAAGGACACACGGUCAAAGUGGUCAAUCUCGAUGGAGUUCAAUACCAACACACACAUUUGGAUUUGAACAGAGACAGAGUCAGUCAGAGAUCUUUGAUAGAAUCAAAUAAACACCAGGAUCAAAGCAGUGGCGUCGUACGAAAUUCCGCGGGUAGCAAAAAUAGUCUCACGUCCAAGUUCCCCUUCUACGGCAACAAUAACAACGCAACCGACGAAGACCAGCCUAGCAAAGUCAAACAGUCGAACGUCGGCGCUGGUAAACGAACGAGCGUCGUUGGCUUGGCGAUGGCGGAAAAUACGGGCGAAGAGGCGCGAGUCAAGAGGAAAAACAAAUCGGGUUUGGGCGGUUUUCUGCAACGGUUGGCCAGUUUUCGAUUGGGCGCGAAAAAGGGACAGGAACAAAAGGAUAAAUUGAAAAGGAAAGAGACGCAGAAAACUACAACAGGAGUCCCAGUUAACAAAACCGUCAACCCGAACCUGACCACGACAGGUACCAACAGCCAAAAACCCGACUACAUUUACAUCCCGCUAAAAGGCGCCUCGGGGGUGGACAACAACAAUGCCGCCCCUGUGUCGACGAAGCCGCCCCUGCCUAAACAGCCGCCCCCUCGGGUGGUGCACGCCAGCGUCAAAAAGGCGCACGCCGCCCAAAACGGCGUCGGUUUCAACGACGAGCGACGCCGGAGACGGACAAUCGAUUCGGCGUGCGGCGUCGUCGAAUCCAGAGACGUUGCGGGACGUCACGGGAAUGUCUCUAUGGACGGACCCAUGGGGUUGAUCGAGACCGAUCUCGAUACUGAAGUUACGGUAAUAACGAAUGGUGCGAACGCAAAAGCGCGCAGCCUGUUAGAUUUGGGCUGCGAGCCCAGAUUGCAGGUGCCCAAGAACGCCGAUGGGUCCCAGAACAGUUCGGGACGGCCCCACAAAUCUAUGGAGUUUCUUUUGGACAAGCAAAACCUCAAAGUAGUCGAGCCUCCCGAAAAUGAACUCCAAAAAACCGAACGCGUUAUGUCCGAACACGAACUAAGAGUCCAACGCAGCCUGCAAAAACUCACAGUACCGGAAUGGUACAAAAACUCCCAAGUCCCCGGCCAGGGCUUCCUGCUCAAAAAGAACCGCGAAACUCGAUGGACCGGCACCGGUUCCAAAACAACCAGCCUCAGUUCGCUCGGUUCCGGUACUCAAAGUCCUAUGGUACUCAGCCCCACCCCUGCCGCUCAACCGUUCGUCCGAUGGAGCACUUCCAAGUUGAACAGUACCGCUUCGUCGCCGUGUCAAAGUACCAGAAGUAGCUUCAAUCAGGGCAGACAACCGAACGGUUCGAUAUCGCCUAGCUCUGCGAGGUCGAGCUUCAGUUAUCGGCAACCGUAUUUGGGUUGGAGGUCUCAAGAAAGACUAAACAGACCUAGAACACCUGCUGAACGACUAGCAAGUACUUUAUUGUCCAAACAACAGCCUGCGCUGCAACAACAAGAAAAUCCUGAAAUUCAAACCUCAAUCAAAGAAGUUACGUCGGCAAUAGUUCAUUAUGUCAGUGGUUUAAAACCUACAAGUGAUAAUUACGAUCAAGACAACGUCAGUCGACGAUCUAGCUCGGUGUCGCCGAGAGGCAGUCAGAAAUUGUGCUGGCUGGAAAGCUCGUUUGUCGGUACCAAGCCUUUGGACAGUCCCGAAACUCCGGUUACUUGUUCGGAAAGUCCGGUACCGCCUCUCAGUUUGAGGUUGGAUUUGCAGAAUCACAGCAGCAAUGAUUUGGCAAUGCUUUCGACCGGAGACUCGAAAGUACGUCCAUCGCCAAGUUCCACCACCCUGGAAGACGUUUUGGAUUCGCUCUUAGGACUACCAUCAUCAGGGAGGGCUGCUAGUCCUUGUCUUCAAGAGACGGUGUCAGCUAGCACUAGCCCUCAGCGACGUGCGAGCGACGCGGAAGCGAACGGCGCGUACCGGCGCAGAUCGGAAGGCUCGGAACCGGCGGCGACCGGCAAAAUCGACCCGUCGUUGCCCGCUCCCGUUUUGCUGCGCUGUCGCUAUUCGCGCUGCGGCAAAACCGCCCUGCCGACGUCCAAAGAGGCGAAAUCGUUCAAGAAUUGUCACAAUUGUUCGUACACUUAUUGUUCGCGAGCUUGCAGACGGAGCCACUGGGAACGGCACAGGAAAACUUGCUUGUUUUCCAGGAUGGGAACUUUGUGCAGACAAGUGAUUCAAGCUGUCAAAGAUCAGAAGGAUUCUUUAAAAGAAUUGUCAAUAGUGGCUCGAAGAGGUUACAUUUCUCACGGUCUCGGUGCAGUGAAAUGUUUCUACCCGAAUCCGGAAGCGGCGGAAAAGUUCCUAGCCGAAGGCCAACAAAGUUUGGGCGAGUUGACCUACGUACGCUGGCAGGACCUCUUGCCCACCGAAAUGGGCCCGCAACUUUACAAAGAGCUCGUUGAAAUGUGCCAGAACUACAAUUCUGAAACGAAAUUCGUGCUCUACAUAUCGUUGUGCGUCGUUUCUGAAACUCCAGCUUCGGGAGCGGUCAAGUGGGAGAGACAAUUAGUUUCAAGAUGUGCCAAAUUACGAUUGAGUAAAGAUCUUAAUUUUAUUGGUCCAGAAAGAGAAACAGAGACACCUGAAACGCUGAUUCUCACUUGUCCACCUAUUAGAUUGCCCACUCCCGAGACUAGCAUGCGAGCAAGACUGAUAGCAUUCAACAACGUACAAGCUCAAUUGCGAAAUCGCGGGGUGUCGCUCAAAAGACAGUAUCCUGAAAUUUACGGGCUCAUGGACGCUUACUGCGAAGAUCUCACUGUGAAAUUUGAAGCUCAAACUAUUUAUCCGCGCAAUGCGACUACUCGAAAAAGUUUUAUGUGCAUCAUUAUGCUGGAAAGUGAUCAGGAAACUUUGAAGCACGUAGAAAAAGCUGGAGUACGCGUGCGGACUGUUGAUUGUCUUUUGGAUUGUGAAACGACCACGACGCUUUAAUAUUAGUGAGAAUAAUUCACUCAUGGAAAAUCUUAUAAGUUCCUUUUAUACGGUUUUAUCAAUAACAUGCUGUGGACAGUUUUUUUACUCAAAAGUAAAAUCUAUAAUAGACUAUAUAUUAUUAGUGCUUUAGGUAAAAUUAUUAUCGCCAAAUGUGAAUACAUUGUUAUGUAAUUGAAUUAGUAACUAAUGAAAAAUAAAAUAAGCAAAUUUGACAUCCAAUAUGUAUGAUAAUUAAAGCCUAUUUUGCAAAGUAAAAUUUUAAAUACUAUAGAUGUGGAUACUAAAAUCAUCAUUUUGUCCUCUGUGAUUUUAAAGAUAUAACGUUUGCGUUUGUCCCCUUUAUAAUGAUGUUAAUUAGUUUAAACCAAAAAGAGAUUUUAUAAUUUAUGUAUUAUAGAUAGGGCAGUCUACUUCAUCAAGUACUUAAAUUUAUGCUUGGGCAUUUAUACAGUUACUUGAUAAUAUAGGCAAAAUAAUAAACAAUUUAUUUAAUUUAAAUUAAUUUAGCUAAUGCAAUAAUAAAUAAAUAAAAAUUUGUUAUUUAGGUGCGACGUAAGUAAAAAAAUAAAUUAAUUUAAAAAAAUUAUUGUGUGUGUGUGUGUGUGUGGAAAUAUGAGCACAAUAAUACUUGAAUAAAGCAAUAAAUUAACAAUUGCAGAGCAAGUUCCAUUUCAUUGGUUCUAUUUGUUUUAAUUUUACCAAGUAAACUUUGACAUCCCCCAUAUACUCAUCAUCUAUGGAAAUAAGGCAAAAAAGACUUGGAUUAGUGAAAGCCAAAAAAUUAGAAGGUUCAUAUAGCAAACUACAAUUUGCCAUGCCAUUAAGUCAAAUAUAUUAAACAACCUAUUUGCAAAAAAUCUAAACAACGGUAAAAAGUCAAAAACCAAGAACAUAACUCUAACGUCCUCGUUGGCGAAAUAAAAAGUUCGAUGCAAUAAAUAUAGACUAAAAAAUGAAAAUCAAAUAGGUUAUCGAAAAUUUGCCUGGUAGAGUUAGUUGGUAACUGAAGGUUCGAUCGUCUCUCCACCUCUAAUUUGUCCCCAUCCGAUAAGACGCCAAUGCUUCUCCACUCUUCUGCUCAAUGCGAUUUUUUCACCAAUCUCAGUGCAAACCGGAUUGGUCAAUGCGAUUUUACACAAAUCGGCUUUGGUAGCCACAACACGUCCACCUGUACUCAACGAACCGAUAUUGACCAAUAAGACUUCUGCCUUGGUUAAACGGGCUACUUUAGCCCCUUUUUUAUCGCCUUCAGUACGGACACCUAAUAGACGUUUCAAAAGAUAGUAGCUUACCUAAAAAUAAUUAUUAUUAUAUUAAUUGCAUUGAUAUUAUAUUUAUUAUUGUUACUUCAAGUUCAAUAAAGAUAUUAGGUAGAGCCCCAACAGCACCCAAAACUUGUCCCACCAAACGAUCAGCUCUACAAAGAGUUGGCUCUAUUUUGGUACCAACACCAAUAAGACCACCUGGCACUGCAAAUUGUAGCUCAUUUUGCUCAGUAUACAAAGAAACGAUUCUCGAAAAAAUUGGCCUGCAAGUUAACUUGCCUUCAGAAUCUUUACUAACCAAUCCGGGUCUGACUUCAAUUUCUUGGCCAACUUUCAAAACCCCUCUUAAAAUACUACCACCAGCAACUCCGCCUUUUAAAUCAUGGACUUCACAGCCAGGUUUGUUAACAUCAAAAGACCUGAUGACUAUUAAGCGUGGCAAAGAAGUAAAAUCACGUUGUGGUAUGGGAAUUUUUUUGGUGAUGUAUUCGCAUAAAACUUCAAUAUUGUACUUCAAUUGGGCAGAGAUUGGGAUGAUGGGUGCGCCCUCUGCAACAGUACCUUGAACAAACUUGACGAUUUGUUCGUGCUGCUCUUUAGCCUGGCCCUCUUUCACCAAAUCGAUUUUGUUUUGCAAAAUGAUUAUGUGUUUGAGUUUCAUGAUUUCUAUUGCGGCCAAAUGUUCACUGGUUUGAGGCUGGGGACAGGAUUCGUUAC